CCUCUUUCGGCACGUUUUGCAAUGUUGAAGUUGUUUUUCUUCAUUGUUCUCGCCGGGGCUGCCCGGGCGAGUGAUGUGAUAGAGUUCUCUGAUGAUGAUUUCGACAGUAAAAUUGGAGAUCACGGGAUGAUUCUAGUGGAAUUCUUUGCGCCGUGGUGUGGCCAUUGUAAACGACUAGCUCCGGAGUUUGAGGUGGCAGCAACACGUCUGAAAGGCAUUGUCGCAUUGGCCAAGGUCGACUGCACGGUCCAAAACAAUGUGUGCCAGAAGUACGGAGUUAGCGGUUACCCAACACUGAAGAUCUUCAAAGAUGGAGAGGAUGCCGGUGCCUACGAUGGGCCCAGAACUGCAGAUGGGAUUGUGAGCCAUCUAAAGAAGCAGGCUGGCCCAUCUUCCAUAGAGCUCAAGACUGAGGCAGAUUUUACGAAGUAUGUCGGAGACCGUGACGCAAGUGUUGUGGGUUUCUUUGCUGACGGUGGAAGCCCAGCCCAAGCAGAGUUCCUUAAGUCGGCCAGUGCCCUCCGAGAGUCCUUCCGCUUUGCACACACCAACUCUGGGGAGCUUCUCCAGAAAAAUGGUGUGGAGGGAGAGGGAAUCAUUCUGUUUCGUCCAGCACGCCUCAGCAACAAAUUUGAAGAGAGCGUUAUCAAGUUCAGUGAGGACAAGUUCACCAACGCCAUGAUCAAGAAGUUUAUCCAGGACAACAUCUUUGGAAUGUGCCCCCACAUGACUGAUGACAAUAAGGACCAAAUGAAGGACAAGGACCUGCUGGUGGCCUACUAUGAUGUGGACUAUGAGAAGAACCCCAAAGGCUCCAACUACUGGAGGAACCGGGUAAUGAAGGUGGCCAAGAGCUUCCUGGACCAGGGGAAAACGCUGAACUUUGCUGUGGCCAGCAAGAACAGCUUCAGCCACGACAUCUCUGAGAUGGGCCUGGACGCCAGCUCCGGAGAGCUGCCCGUGGUCGGCAUCCGCACUGCCAAGGGAGACAAAUACGUCAUGGCCGAGGAGUUCUCACGUGACGGCAAGGCCCUGGAGCGUUUCCUGCAGGACUACUUUGACGGCAAGCUGAAGCGUUACCUUAAGUCUGAGCCCAGCCCUGAGAACAACGAUGGCCCCGUCAAGACUGUGGUGGCUGAGAACUUUGACGCCAUUGUGAACAACGAGGAAAAGGACGUGCUGAUUGAGUUCUACGCCCCGUGGUGCGGCCACUGCAAGAGCCUGGAGCCCAAGUGGAAAGAGCUGGGAGAGAAGCUGUCCAGUGAUCCCAACAUUGUCAUCGCAAAGAUGGAUGCCACAGCUAAUGAUGUCCCAUCUCAAUACGAAGUCAGGGGAUUCCCCACCAUCUUCUUUGCUCCAGCUGGACAGAAAAUGAGCCCAAAGAAAUAUGAGGGUGCUCGCGAGGUCAGUGACUUUAUCUCCUACCUGAAGAGGGAGGCCACCAACCCUCUGGUGGCUCAAGAAGAGAAGUCCAAGAAUAUUCAGAUCGAGCUAUAG